AUGCAGUUUGAGAGCAAAAGCAGCCGGGCGAAGGGCCUAGCAUUCCAUCCUAAACGACCAUGGAUUCUGGUCAGCUUGCACAGCAGCACGAUCCAGCUAUGGGACUAUCGAAUGGGCACACUUAUUGACAGAUUUGAAGAGCAUGAUGGACCGGUUCGCGGAAUCGAUUUCCACAAGACACAACCCCUAUUCGUUUCUGGUGGUGACGACUACAAGAUCAAAGUCUGGUCGUAUCAAACAAGACGUUGUCUCUUCACGCUGAAUGGUCACCUCGACUACGUUAGAACAGUCUUCUUUCACCAUGAAUUGCCCUGGAUAUUGUCAGCUUCAGAUGACCAAACGAUCAGGAUUUGGAAUUGGCAGAACCGGUCGCUGAUCUGUACCAUGACAGGCCACAACCACUACGCCAUGUGCGCACAGUUCCAUCCUAAAGAAGACCUCAUCGUUUCCGCUUCACUCGAUCAAUCCGUCCGAGUUUGGGAUAUAUCUGGGCUGCGCAAGAAGCAUUCAGCACCGACUUCCUUAAGCUUCGAAGAUCAGAUGGCACGCGCGAAUCAGCAACAAGCUGACAUGUUUGGAAAUACCGAUGCUGUUGUUAAAUUCGUUCUGGAAGGCCAUGACCGAGGGGUGAACUGGGUCGCGUUCCAUCCAACUUUACCUUUGAUCGUUUCUGCUGGUGACGAUCGCCUUGUCAAGCUAUGGCGAAUGAGCGAAACCAAGGCAUGGGAGGUGGACACCUGUCGUGGACAUUUUCAGAACGUGUCUGCAUGUCUGUUCCAUCCACAUCAGGACCUCAUCUUGUCAGUCGGUGAGGACAAGACUAUCCGAGUAUGGGACUUGAACAAGAGGACCUCCGUUCAGUCAUUCAAACGAGAAAAUGACCGCUUCUGGGUCAUUGCAGCACAUCCUGAAAUCAACCUCUUCGCUGCAGGACAUGACAAUGGUGUUAUGGUGUUCAAGCUCGAACGAGAGCGGCCGGCAUUUUCCGUCUAUCAAAACCAAUUGUUCUAUGUUACCAAGGACAAGCAUGUCAGAUCCUACGACUUCGGCAAGAACGUCGAAUCACCCUCGCUGUUGUCACUUAGAAAAUUUGGGAGCAAUUGGGUGCCUCCAAGGACUUUGUCUUACAAUCCCGCAGAGAGAUCCAUUCUGGUCACGUCGCCCACCGAUAACGGUACUUACGAGCUCAUUGCGCUGCCCCGGGAUGCAACUGGUGCCACGGAUCCAACUGACCUCAAGCGUGGCUCCGGCAAUGCUGCGGUUUUUGUCGCGCGAAACCGAUUCGCAGUGUUUACAGCCUCCACGCAACUGGUCGAGAUCAAAGACUUGAGCAAUUCGACAACAAAAUCGUUCAAAGCUCCAUCUGGCACGACUGACAUCACCUACGGCGGGCCCGGCUGCCUGCUGCUCAUCACUCCCACCAACGUUGUACUCUAUGAUAUUCAGCAAAAGAAACAACUGGCAGAGCUGGCUGUGACCGGCGUCAAAUACGUGUCGUGGUCCAACGACGGACUCUAUGCUGCUUUGCUCAGCAAGCACAACGUGACUAUCGUCAACAAGUCUCUCGAGCAGGUGAGCACGCUACAUGAAACGAUCAGGAUCAAGAGCGCUACUUGGGACGAUUCUGGAGUUCUUCUCUAUUCGACGCUCAACCACAUCAAGUACAGUCUGCUCAACGGCGAUAAUGGCAUUGUGAGAACCCUGGACCAAACUGUGUAUCUCAUCAAGGUCAAAGGCCGCAAUGUCUACUGUCUUGAUAGAGCUGCCAAACCAAAAGUCCUCAGCGUCGAUCCUACGGAGUACCGGUUCAAGCUUGCACUCGUGAAACGCAAUUACGACGAGAUGCUGCAGAUCAUCAAGACUUCGAGUCUUGUCGGGCAAAGCAUUAUUUCUUAUCUCCAGAAGAAGGGUUAUCCCGAGAUAGCAUUGCAGUUUGUGCAAGAUCCGCAGACUCGAUUCGAGUUAGCCAUCGAAUGCGGCAACCUGGAGGUGGCCACAGAGAUGGCCAAAGAGCUUGACCGUCCAAAGAUCUGGACCCGCCUGGGUUCUGAAGCUCUGAUACACGGCAACCACCAGACUGUCGAGAUGGUUUACCAGAAACUCCGCAAUUUCGACAAGCUUUCGUUCCUGUAUCUCUGCACGGGUGACGAAGAGAAGCUCACACGGAUGUCCAAGAUUGCCGAACACCGUGGAGACUUUGUUUCGCGGUUCCAGAAUGCACUAUAUCUCGGCGAUGUUGAGAGCAGGAUACAGAUGUUCAAAGAGAUCGACCUAUAUCCACUUGCUUAUUUGACCGCCAAAACUCAUGGCUUGACUGAGGAAUGUGCUUCGAUACUUGAGCUAUGUGGACUGACCGAGGACCAAAUCUCGAUGCCCGAGCCAGGUGAUGGUCUUACGAAACCGAAUGUUAUUGUUCCAACUUAUAAAGCAAACUGGCCAGUCAAAGAGGCGUCUCAUUCGUCUUUCGAGAAGGCUCUGCUUGGUGAAGUCGGCGCAGCAGAUGAAGAUGCCGGUCCUGAUCUCCUCAAUGAGGACAUUCCCGUUGCUACCGACGGCAAUGGACUCGCCGCGGAGGACGAUGCAGAUGUCGUGGAAGGUUGGGACAUGGGCGACGAUCUCGGCAUCGAUACAACUGGAAAUGACUCCGACUUCGUCAAUGUCGACAACCCUGAUGCGCCCGCUGAAGCCGCCGGUCCUGGAAGUUCAGAGGCCGACCUGUGGGCCCGAAACUCUCCUUUGGCUGCUGAUCAUGUUGCUGCAGGAUCAUUUGAGAGCGCCAUGCAGCUGUUGAAUCGUCAAAUUGGUGCUGUCCAGUUCGAGCCACUUAAGCCGAGAUUCCUGGAGAUCUAUCAAGCUUCCAAGACCUAUCUUCCCGCGAACACUGGGUUGCCACCGAUCGUCAACUAUGUCCGCCGGACGAUCGAUGAAACCGACAGCAGAAAAUUGCUUCCAUGCAUUCCGAAGAGCCUUGACACCUUGGCUACCGUUGACCUUCAGGAAGGCUAUGCGGCAAUGAGGACCAACAAGUUGGAGAGUGGUGUGGUCACCUUCCGAAACAUUUUGCAUUCGCUGCUCGUCAACGUCGUCAGCUCCGAAGCGCAAGUGGACGAGGCUAAGGCUCUCAUUGCAAAGUCGAUGGAGUACACACUUGCAAUGAGCAUCGAGUUGGAGAGACGUCAACUCGCAGCUGCCGGCAGUGAUUCCGAGGAAGGGCUCAAGCGACAGCUGGAACUUUCUGCUUACUUCACUAUGCCCAAACUCGAUGUUUCCCACCGACAGUUGGCUCUUAUGGCCGCUAUGAAGUUGGCCUUCUCGCAGAAGCAAUUCUCGAGCGCUUUAUCUUUUGCAAACCGAGUUCUAGCCAACGGCGGAGCCUCCAAACUCGUUGAACAGGCGAAGAAGGUCAAACAACAAGCAGAACGGUCUGGAUCUAGUGACAAGAUCGACAUUGAAUAUGAUCCGUUUGCCGACUUCGAUGUGUGUGCAGCCUCUUACACUCCCAUUUACACCGGGGCGCAGAGCGUCUCCUGCCCCUUUGAUGGCUCGAAAUACCACAGUCAAUACAAAGGUCAAGUUUGCAGAAUUUGCCAAGUCUGUGAGGUUGGCGCGGCAGCCAGUGGACUGAGACUAUGGGUCAAAGGAUUGUGA